AUGCACUUCAACCUAGUAUUAUUACCCGUCAUAACGACGCUCUCGCUGCUGGGGUCUCUGGUUCACGGCUCGCCCAUCAUAUGUCCAGACUCGAAACGAGAUGCAAUUCUGAGCGGCGCGAUGCCAGCUGAGGCGUGCUGUAGCUACGGAGUCUGCAAGAACACGGUUGUAAUCGCGAUGGGACGUGCGCAGGAAAAGGAGAGUUCGGCGAUUCGGUACAACGAAAGGCGGUGA